ACCAAUAAGUACUUAUGCAAAACAUAUAAUUGGGAUCUAUUAAUUCGUACAAUAUUUUUUAAAAUAUUGAAAAUCAAAAAUAUAAAGGAACAGGGACAGUGAAAGAUGUAUAUAUUUUUGGCAGCAGUUGCUGUAAUUUUGAUUAUAAUAUUUAUUUUUGUUGUUAACAAGAAAGAAUUUUACAAAUUAAAAAGAAACUUAGAAUUUGCUUUUUCUCUGCCUGGUGCGCCUAUAUUUUUAUCUGUUGUUAAUUCAUUGCAAAUUGCUCUCAAUUAUAAAAAACUUCUAGACUGUGUAGAUUCAACUACUAAAAAGUAUGGAAAUAUUACUCGUUUUAUCUUAGGAACAGAUGUGGUCGUAGUACUUUCAAAACCCGAGGAUUAUAAACUUGUGCUUACGAACGUAAAUGGUACCUACAAAACAUCGGUAACCAAAACAUGGGAGGUAAUAAUUGGUGACGGAAUUGUCAGAACUUCAGGUGCAACUCACAAACUUCGACGAAAAAUAAUACAUCCCUUGUUGAAUCUCAAGUAUUUAUCCAAAUAUGCAACAUUUUUCGAUAACUUUAGCAAUCUUUGUGCAGACGCUAUAGAAAAAAAUGUCGAUGGACAAAUGUUUGAUCUUAAACCGCAUAUAAUGCAAUACACAUUUGACAUAUUUUUAGCGUCAGUUGUGGGUAUUCAGAAAACGGCGUAUAAAGAUGGAAACGAGCUAUUACAUUUGCAGAAGAAAUUAUUCGAACACUCAUAUAGCAGAGUAAUAAAACCGUGGCUACAAUUGGAAUGGAUUAUGGGUCAGAGAUAUGUACUUUUAUCCGUGGCGACGAUAGUUGUAAAUCUGAUCCGACGAUUUCGAUUUAUGACGACUGGCAGCGUAGAUGACAUUAAAGUAACAGCCGACUUCUUGUUUCGAGCUCGAGAUGUUAAAAUGUCUAUAUCUCGUGUAUGAGUUAUUAAGAAGAGCGAUGUUUACAAUAAUUAAUAACAUUGUAAUUAAUUAAUAAUUAUAAAUUUUAAUUAUAACAGAUUAUUAUUUUAAUUUUUGUGAGUCGAUCUCACAUAUGCGCACACGUACUAUAAAUAUACAUUAUAUAGUAUUAUUGUUAGACAAUAGUAUAUCUCUACUUGAAAAAAAAUAUAUGAACAUUUCUUUCCAAGUGUAAAACAGAGAAUAAUUUCGAAAUAAAUUAAUUCUAUCAAUGCAA